AUGCCUCCACUACCAUCUACUCCUGGGUAUUCCACUUUGUGUGAUGAAUUUCCUCUGUUAUCCUUCUGCUUUCAACCCAAGGCAGACAGUGAUACUAUUAAUGAAGACGAGAGUAUCGAUCUUGUCCUCCGCUAUCCAUUGCGACGCGCCGAAUUUGGCGAAACACUGGAAGAACUGAGACUCCUUGGCAGACACCCUGUCGCUCUAUCCAGCAUUCGCUCCGUAUUUGUCCACAAGGACGUAUUUGCUCGCGUCUCCAUGGACCAACAACAGGCACUCUACGCCACACUGGGAGAAUCACUCGGUGCUAAGUUGACCGAAUUCAGCUUGUCGUUGCUCAAAAUGUCCAUUCCUGCGCUUGCUCAGUUGCUGCAAAAGAUGCCCAACCUCGAAAAACUCCAUUUGGGACGCGUCAGUCUCGUGCAACGAGACCAGGCCGUACAACUCUACGCGGCGCUCCAGAAGAAACUCCCCAACCUACGCGAAUUUCAUUGGUCUUUAAUGCCGGCUCCGGACAAUGAAGCUCCGCUCUUUCAACCAUCCGACGACGACAACAACAAUAAUAACAAUCCAUGCAUGGAUCCCCUCCUAAUUUCGUUGGCCCAAAUUCCAACACUGGAAUGCGUCUACCUGGCCGCACAUCGACCUCGUGGCGGACGCAUUCAAACGGCGGCCGCCUUGAAAGCGCUCGCCCAAUCACACGUGACCGAUUUGACGUUGGUCAAUAUUCCAUUGACUCCGGCACAUGUCCAUGCCUUGAUGAUGACAUCCACAAACCACUCGUUUACAUCCCUCGCAUUGCUGCAUGCCGAAAUUGGAGACGUCGGAGCCCAAAUCAUUGUCCAAUCAGGACUUUUUAAGAACCUCAAAAAGCUCUACCUUCCCGCUUGUCACUUGACCGAUGUCAGUGGUAUCGCAUUAGCAGGUGCACUACGAAACAGUAAUACAAGCUUGCAAGUGUUGGAUGUACACGACAAUCACUUGACGGCGGCCUUUUGUCAAAGCUUGACUCUUCAGUCGUUGCAAUUCUUGGAUGUCAGUUACAAUCCUCUCAGAGACGCCGGUGGCAUGGCAUUGGCGGCGGCACUCGAACACAAUACGAAAUUGUCCACCCUCUACAUGUUUCAAAAUCAAAUUACGGACCAAACAUGUGCCGCCUUGGCGACGGCAUUGUAUUCCAAUCGACACUUGAAACAAGUCAAUCUCUACAACAAUCCAAAAGUGAGUACGCAGGGAGUGCAAUCCCUCUUGCAUCAUUUGGAAGAUACCAACUACGUGUUGGAACGAUUGGAAGUAUCGCCGUUGGAGAGUCGCGAGACGGAAGAAGCACUCGACUUUUUGCUGACGCUCAAUCGAAAUUACGGACGAAAACAAGUCUUGUCGUUGGAGAAGGAACAAGAGUACCUGGAACAAGGACUCGUCAAAGCCAUGGCACAAGACGAUCUCAAUUCGCUCUUUUAUUUUCUCAAACGAAAACCAACGCUCUGUCAGCAACAAAAACAACCGCCAUCACGACGAAAACCAUGUUCCAACCAAGCCAUUGCCACAAUUGCAUUGGAAGCCUGUGCCAUUGCCGGGGAAGGGAUGUGA